AUUGAUUCACAUCUCGUCCAGGCCCGGGCGCAGAUAUCCGCCAAAUCACGGAUAUCUAUCGAGCCAAUCAUACUCAUAAUGCUGACUUGUUGCCGUGAACCACGGCCGGUGUGAGACCAACUGACCUGGACAAUUGUCAGCUUACCACAGAAUGAGGAGGCCUGAAGAUUGCUUUCACCCCGGUCGCACGUAUAACAGUGAGUGAUGAGAAGCACGAUACUAGGGACACUGCAGCAUCACCGAAGCAAUGGGUCUGCCUUUCGUUUCCCGCCGUCCGGCGGUUCCCCCUGCCUUCGAGAAGUUGCAAACCCUGAUUGAGUCUGAUUAUGUCGAAUCAACCCUGCACUUUUACAUGAAUGGGGAGAAAAUCGUGCUUGAAAAUCCUAACCCUGAGUGGACACUGUUGGACUUCAUCAGAUCUCAACAUGGGCAUAAAGGAACGAAACUGGGCUGUGGUGAGGGCGGAUGCGGCGCCUGUACUGUGGUACUCGCGGAUCAAAACGACGGCAGAAGGCUGAGACACCUAGCCGUGAAUGCAUGCCUAUAUCCGCUGGUCGGUGUUGUCGGUAAGCAUCUGAUCACAGUCGAAGGUCUGGGAAGCGUGGCAAACCCGCACCCGCUUCAGGAACGAAUAGCAAAGGCACAUGGAUCACAGUGCGGAUUCUGUACGCCAGGAAUCGUCAUGAGCGCCUAUGCGAUGGUGAGGAAUGCUUAUGAUCCUGUGACACGGAGUUUCAGACUUUCCGCUAGCGACGUUGAGCUUGAAGGCCAUCUGGACGGGAAUCUAUGUAGGUGUACUGGCUAUAAGCCAAUUUUGGCUGCCAUAAAAUCAUUUGUGGUGGAUGACCUCAAAUCGAACAUCGUCGUUGAUCCGGGUCACGAGGAGGACCCCUCCGAUGCGAAGGAUGGAGAGAUGGCCGCAUACGUGCCUGAAGGUAUUCCUGAAUUACUCCAAAAGACGCCUGUGUCUUGUGGAAGACCGGGCGGCUGCUGCAGAGACAAACCUGGCGCGUCAAGCUGUUCCCCAUCAAACAUCGAGUCCGAAUCAAGCAAUCCGGAAACGUCCUCGGACGACGAGUCCGCCAAAAGCUCAGACACAUCAAUAUCGACGCCCGGGCAGGAAAAAGAGGUAAUUGGCGCAGAGUUUGGUCUGCCAGUCCACAUGAGAAACAGAAAUCCUCCACCAGGCGAAGAGGGGGAAGGUACAAAGCCUGCGAGCGACCUUGAUGCUGCUCCACCGAAGUCCGACCCCGACAAACUACUACUCCCUGAGUUAAAACCGUAUGUCCCAGCGACAGAAUUGAUUUUCCCGCCAUCACUGAAGAAGUUCGAACUGCAGCCAAUCUGCUACGGCAACUCGGACAUGAUAUGGAUCCGACCAACCUCACUGGAACAGCUGCUGGCUCUUAAGGCACUGGAUCCCACUGCGAAACUUGUCGGUGGAUCUAGUGAAGUCCAGAUUGAGAUUCGUUUCAAAUACUCCAAGUUUGCCAUCAUGGUAUUCGUGGGCGACAUUCCGGAGCUCAAGAAGACAAAUAUCCCUGAAAGUGAUGAAGACAUCGCACAGAUGACCGAGAUUGUGCUCGGCGCAAACACAAGCCUGACAGACUGCGAAGACAUUUUCAAGAGUCUCUCAGGUAAGCUCGGUCGACGCGGUUUGCUUCUGGAAGCGGCCAGGAAACAGCUUCGGUAUUUUGCAGGUCGACAGAUUCGCAAUGCAGCCUCUCUGGCAGGAAACAUUGCGACAGCCUCUCCCAUUUCCGACAUGAAUCCCGUCCUACUUGCUGCCAGAGCAACCGUCAUUGCACAAAGCAAAAGUGACGGCGAGAUCUUGCUGCCGAUGGAGAGUUUCUUCAUAUCAUAUCGGAAAACAAGCCUGCCGUCGGAUGCGGUCAUCACGAAGAUUCGUAUACCUAUUCCACCGGCUGACGCUGCGGAGAUUACGAAAGCUUACAAGCAAGCGAAGAGGAAAGAUGAUGAUAUUGCAAUCGUCACAGCGGCAUUCAGGGUCAGGCUGGACGAUGCAGGCAAAGUCGAGUUGAUUUCUCUCGCCUUUGGCGGUAUGGCACCGACUACGGUACUGGCCAAGAAGACGCAGGAAGUCCUCGCUGGUCAAAAAUGGUACGAUCCCAAAACGCUCGAGGCAGGUCUUCGGUCAUUGCGUGAGGAGUUCAGCUUGAGUUACGGCGUGCCCGGCGGGAUGGCCACUUACCGAGUGACGCUCACUCUGUCUUUCUUCUUCCGGUUCUGGCAUGAAGUGGCUGCAGACCUGGGACUCGGUCAGGUUGAUCCUGAAUUGAUCCAAGAAAUCCACAGAGGCAUCUCUUCCGGAACUCGAGACAACGUCAAUCCCAACGAGCAGCGCCUUGUUGGUAAACAGAUUCCCCAUCUGUCGGCGCUGAAGCAGAACACUGGUGAAGCCGAAUACAUUGACGACAUGCCCCAUCAGGAACGUCAAUUGUACGCUGCAUUUGUCUUCUCGCAGAAAGCGCAUGCCAAACUGGUUGAAGUGGACUUUUCACCGGCCAUCGGUCCGGGACUGGCUGUUGGUUAUGUCGACAAGAACGACGUGCCUGGCGUGCGGAAUACUUGGGGUCCAGUCCGUAAGGACGAACCUCUCUUCGCCGAUGGGCUGGUGGAAUCUCACGGCCAAGUGAUAGGGUUGGUCUACGCAGAGACCGCGAUUCAAGCACAAAAAGCAGUGCGUAUGGUCAAGAUCGUGUACGAAGAUCUCCCGCCAAUCUUGACAAUCGAUGAGGCCAUUGCCGCGAACAGCUUUUUCGAACACCCACGUGAACUGAAGAAAGGCGCCGCUAUCAACGGAUCAAUGGAUGACGUGUUUGCGUCCUGUGACCGCGUGUUUGAGGGCACUGUACGGAUGGGAGGCCAAGAACAUUUCUACCUUGAGACGAAUGCCGCCAUGGCUAUCCCCCAUAUCGAGGAUGGGUAUAUGGACAUUUGGUCCUCGACUCAGAACACAAUGGAGACUCAAGAAUGGGUCAGCCAUUGCACUGGCAUGCCUAGUAAUCGGAUCAACGCCCGAGUGAAGCGCAUGGGGGGUGCUUUCGGUGGAAAAGAGAGCAGAAGUACGCCACUAGCCUGCUCCGUGGCCAUCGCCGCGCAGAAAGAAAAGCGACCGAUCCGAUUCAUGCUGAAUCGUGACGAAGACAUGAUGACCAGCGGACAACGGCACCCGUUCAAAGCCGUGUGGAAAGUGGGAGCCAUGAAUGAUGGUACACUGGUCGCCCUCGAUAUCAAUCUGUACAACAACGCCGGCUUCUCAUACGAUAUGAGCGGAGCUGUCAUGGAUCGCUGCUCGACGCAUGUCGAUAACUGCUACGAGAUCCCCAACGUCUUUGUCAAGGGCUACGUCUGCAAGACCAACACCCACAGCAAUACUGCUUUCCGUGGUUUCGGUGGUCCACAAGCCAUGUUCAUUGCAGAAACGUAUAUCUGCGCUGUGGCUGAAGGCCUAGGCAUGCCCGUUGACGCAUUGCGGAUGAAGAACAUGUACAAGGAGGACCAUUAUACUCCGUUCCUCCAGAAGAUCGACGAGGAUUGGCACGUUCCGCGACUUAUGUCUGAGCUCAAAGAUCGAUGUGAUUACGAGGAACGAAAGACCAGUGUGGAGUCGUACAACCAGAAGAACAAGUGGAAGAAGCGAGGUAUUGCGUUGAUACCGUCGAAGUUCGGUAUCAGUUUCGCGACGGCCGUCUACCUCAAUCAAGCGACUGCCGCGGUCAAAAUCUUUGCGGAUGGAAGUAUCUUACUGCAUCACGGUGGUACAGAGAUGGGUCAGGGCCUGUACACUAAGAUGGCGCAGUGCUGCGCGCAGGAACUCAAUGUCCCCAUCGAUGCGAUCUACACAAAUGAAACAGCCACCUUUUACUCGGCUAACGCAUCCCCAACAGCAGCCUCGUCGGGUUCUGACCUGAACGGCAUGGCUGUCAAGAAUGCUUGUGACCAGCUCAACGAGCGACUUCAGCCAUAUCGAGAGAAAUUUGGAUCGAACGCGGAUAUGAAGACCAUCGCGCACGCAGCGUACAUGGACCGCGUCAAUCUGUCUGCAACAGGGUUCUGGAAGAUGCCCAAGGUCGGAUUUCAAUGGAACAACUACGACAUUGAGACCCAGAAGCCAAUGUACUAUUAUUUCACGCAGGGCGUGGCAUGCAGCGAAGUUGAAUUGGACCUAUUGACCGGAGACCACACCGUCCUCAGAACAGAUAUUCACAUGGACGUAGGUCGCUCGAUCAAUCCGGCCAUAGAUUACGGACAAGUCGAGGGAGCAUUUGUCCAGGGUCAAGGCUUAUUCACGAUCGAAGAAUCUCUCUGGACUCAAACUGGCCAACUCUUCACCCGCGGUCCCGGCACGUACAAGAUUCCCGGGUUCAGCGAUAUUCCUCAAGUGUUCAACGUCAGUUUCCUGCAAGGCGUGUCAUGGAACCAUCUCAACACCAUCCAGAGCAGUAAGGGUAUUGGCGAGCCUCCGUUGUUUAUGGGUGCGGCGGUGUUAUUUGCAUUGAGAGAAGCGCUCAUCAGUGCGAGGAAGGAUAACGGGGUCAAGGAGCCUCUGAUACUAAGUAGUCCGGCGACGGCUGAGAGGUUGAGAUUGGCUAUUGGCGAUGAUUUGCUGAAAAUGGGGACCGUGCAGCCGAUGGAGGGUGAGAAGAAUUUCUUUGUGGCUGCGUCAUGAUAUGAUGAGAACGUUGUUUGUUUCUGGCGCAGGCAGGAGUAUGGUGGUACCAAUUAGGUAUGUGAAAGAAUGGUUUCAGCCCAUUUCUGAACGAGCCCAUGCAGUGAAAUCGAACUUUUCACUAUCACCUUCCAGCUUGCAGCGUUGCUCUCAAAUACUCAGCUGUCUCUUGAAAAAUAAUACUUGAUCCACCAGUGGAAUAGCCGCCAACAUGUGACACCCGUAGGGCAACUUCACUUACUAGU